AGCGCGAGAGAACGAGUUGCUCCGCGAUACGAACGCGCAGCCAACACAUAUUCGGCGUCCGCGGACACGGCGAGGUCCGCGUUCCUGCACCUCCGCGGGUGCUGCGAGUCGUCGUCUCGAGUUGUCGUGGCCGCGCAUCCGUCCUCGUCUCGGUCGACGAAAUCUGCUCUGUUGGCGUGCGUGCCUCCAGGAUGCCGUUCAUAUCCAAGGACUGGCGCAGCCCAGGUGAAGAAUGGGUGAAAACGGUCGAGGGCUGGGAGAAGAAGAAGAUUCUCGAGUGCGCCAACAAUAAGACCCUCUCGCUUCUCUUGCGUGGCGAAAAAGAUGCCGGCGAUAAGAAGGAGAAGGACAAGAAGAAAGAAAAUGCCGUCCAGCCACAUUGUCACAUCACACUGAAAUGCACACGCGAGAUCGCCGGCUUCAAUGGUCUGAGCGACGCCCUGAAGAGGCUGGAUUUCCUAUCCGCAGUGCACGACUGCCGUCGAUUCAACUACAUCGUCCGUCUGCUGGAUCUUCUGGUCAGUCACAGAAUGGGCGGUCUCAGCGGUUGCGCACAGAGAGUGCUCUUCAACAUGCUCGAAGAAGUUGCUCUGGAAGUCUCGCUGUCGCAACAGCAGACCGGCAGACUGCGACGACUGAUAGAGAGAGUUCGGGCCUUCAGCGCCGGCUGCUGCUGGGGCGGCAGACCUCUAGGCUCCGUUAUCCUUUGGGAAAAGCACAAAGCGGCUCUGGAGAGGAUCCUGCAGAUCGCCUCGUCUAUCACCAUCACUCAGCCGGACGAGGAACAGCAACCACAGUGGUCGGACUUGCCCCCCGAGUGCCGUCGAGAGGUCCUGCUCCGUUUGAGCGACCCGCGCGACAUCGAGGCUUCGUCCGAGGCCUGCGAGCAUCUCGCUAUUCUGGCGCAAGAGCAGAGAAUCUGGCGCGAGCUCGCUCAAUAUCACUUCACGCCGCAGCAGAUCGCCACUACCAGGCAAAAUAAUCCUGGAAAAGACUGGAAAACCAUAUUCACCAUCGCUCGGCGGUCGUUCGGAUUGCGGGAGGAGUACGCCGAGAUGAUUCAACUGUGCCGCAAUUGCCGUUGCUUAUUCUGGCGGUCGCUGGGCCACCCUUGCAUCGCGGAUCAAGAUCCAGCGUUUCAGGAGAAGCUGGCGGAUGUCGAUCAAGCGUCCCUCCACGUACCGAUUCCUCCGCAGACCUUCCUGAAAUUCUUCUCGCUAUGAAAGCUUUCGUGUAUCCUGUGAGAGGCAGAGUGCAUGGUGUGCGUUUUGCGUGUGUAUGUGCGUGUGAGUGUAGCGUGCGUGCAUGUAUGUGUGUGUGAAUGAAAAAAAAUACGGAAGCUAUGACGCAACUAUGAAUGUGAUUAUCGCUGAACGGGAGUGAAUGCCCGCGCGCGUGUAGGAGAUAAAAACUAGAAUGACGUUUAAAAAUGUUGCUCUGCACUUAGAAAGAGAGACUCUAACGUUAUCUUCUGAAAAGAAAAAAAGUAUAUAUUUAAUCCGAGAUAUAUAUACAAACACACACACAUAUAUAUAUAUAUAUACUAUAUAUUCUCAAGUGUACCGGGCGCAGCCGCGAGAUGCAGAGAUCGGUAUGAGAAAUACAUUUUCGGCGGAGAGUUCGACGUCGGUUUGCCUUGACAAAUAUCUUCACUUGGGAGGCCUACUUACCUCAUAAUCGAGCUUGAGUGUUUGUGGAGUACGAGAUGCCGUCGGGAACUUGUCGCUAAUUGGCGAGGCGGGAAACACAGAGAGGCGCGGGUACUCGCAUAAACCCUACUCGAUUCACGCGGAUCGAUAUCUCCUGAGGUUCUAACUUUAAUUGCUUCAUAAUUAGCGACUUGCGCGAGUUUCAUCAAGGUGAAAUCGGCGCCGAACUCGUGUGCGCGUUAAGUUGGUACGAAAGAUUUGGAAGUUUCCUUAUUGGAUUCUCGUAAGAAAUUUGUUUGUUAAGAAGAGAAUAGGAAAUCCUUGUCAGAGAUGCCUAAGAAAUAUCGAGUUGAUAUUUAUUUUGUUCGUGAAAGGACCCCGCACAAACCUUAUGGAAAAUGGGUCCCGGUGGAUUUGGCUGAAACUUUGGAAAUUUGUAGUUUACGUGAU